AACGAGAUGGAGACCAAAAUCCCUGACUUCUCUGGAAAGUGGAAAAUGAAGUCAUCGGAAAACUUUGAGGACCUUUUGAAAGCGCUGGGUGUGAACGUGUUUGUGAGGAAAAUUGCUGUGGCGGCGGCAUCCAGUCCCGCAGUGGAAAUCACCCAGCAGCUGGCGAGUCUGUCCAUCAAAACAUCCACCAGCGUCCGCACCACCCACGUCUCCUUCACUGUGGGUCAGUCUUUCAAUGAGACCACCGUGGAUGGACGCCCAUGCACGAGUUUUCCAACUUGGGAAUCAGAGAAUAAGAUCGGCUGUGUGCAGACGUUACAGAAGGGUGAGGGACCAAAAACCGCAUGGACCCGGGAGGUGACCGGUGAUGGAGAACUGAUACUGACGAUGACAGCAGGCGACGUCGUCUGCACCAGAGUCUAUGAAAGAGAAUGAGAAAAUACAAAAGCUGUCAUACAAUAUUUUCCCUUUUGUGCUUCAUGCAUUAGUCAUAUACUUACUUGCGCUUUGGAUGAAGUCCGCUUGCAAGUUUUGGUGCAAUCUGCAAAAAAGCGUCAAUUUCCAUAGUAUUUCCCUAUAUGGGUUUGUGACAUACAUUUAAUGAACUGAAUUAGUCAAUCAGGAGUUCAAGAAUUCAGUGACAAAACCGAUUGGUAUGAUUUAAUGGGAGUGAUGAAUGUUUUGAACUCCUGUUUCAAUGCCAGUGGUGUACUGAGAAGAAUACUGCUGCCAUUGGUCUUUGUGGAUGUAGCUCAAUUUCCCAUAUUGUGCUCAUUUGCAUCCCGGGAUGUUUUUCAAGACCCACUUGUUGUGUUCCAGUGCCUUAAUCAAGCUUCUCAAUAGUGAUGUGCGGAUCGAUACUGAAAUAUUGAUACUGCCGAUACCAGAUCUUUAUGCUGUAAUAUCGAUUCUCAAAUCAAAACAUCGAUACUUUAGUUGAAGGUCCAAACU